UGUUAUGUUUCUUCCUGCUGGCGAUUGCUAAAAAAAAAAAAAAAAAAAAAAAGAAGCUACGUUGGUGGUGUCAUCGUCUUAUCCGUUUUGGGUUUGACAACAGAAACAACAACCCAAUUUCGUGUUCAGCCACGAAUACUUAUUCUCACUGGGGUCUCUGGAGAGAUGAACAACAACGGGAAUAAGAGAGCUCCAACUACAGCCACUCAGCGUCUUAAGCAGGAUUACCUCAGGAUUAAGAAAGACCCUGUGCCUUACAUCUGUGCAGAACCUCUUCCCUCCAACAUCCUAGAAUGGCACUAUGUCGUCAGAGGUCCUGAGAAAACUCCAUAUGAAGGAGGAUAUUAUCAUGGAAAACUCAUAUUUCCCAGAGAAUUUCCCUUUAAACCACCUAGUAUCUAUAUGAUAACGCCCAACGGGAGAUUUAAGUGCAACACAAGGUUAUGUUUGUCCAUCACAGACUUCCACCCGGACACGUGGAACCCCGCGUGGUCCGUCUCCACCAUCCUCACAGGUUUGCUCAGCUUCAUGGUGGAGAAAGGACCCACCCUGGGCAGCAUUGAGACGUCCGACUACACGAAAAGACAGCUGUCAGCCCAAAGUCUGGCCUUCAACCUCAAAGACAAAGUGUUCUGCGAGCUGUUUCCUGAUGUAGUUGAUGAGAUGAAGCAGAAACAGAAAGCCCAGGAGGAGUUAAGCGCCCGCACCCAGCCCCUCCCGCUGCCCGACGUGGUGCCGGACGGCGACCCUCAGCACGCCCACUACGGCCUCCCGGUCCUCAACGGGGGCGCCGUGCCGUUAGGCGGCGCCAACCCCGCCCCCGGCCUGCAGCAGGCCAACCGCAACCAUGGACUUCUCGGCGGGGCCCUAGCCAAUCUGUUUGUGAUUGUAGGCUUCGCAGCAUUUGCCUACACAGUCAAAUACGUGCUGAGGAGCAUAGCCCAGGAGUGAGAGGAGCCGGGCGUCGUAGGGGCCAUGUAGUGGACUCCACAUUCUACAAACACACUACGUGGGGGGGGGAUGUUCAGUCCUGGCUUAAAACCCGUCCACGACCACCACCACCACCACCACCACUACCACAACCACCAUGGACUUUGGAAGACAGAUACUCAAAGCCCACCCACCCAGAAAGGACUGAGAGGAGGAGCGGGGAGGUGGGGGAGUGGACAUGAGUGGCAGCGGGGGCCGGGGGGGGUUGAAGGGGGUUUAUUAAAACGGUUGUGAUCCACUUCUGUGCUUUCAGUGGUUUAUAUCACUUAGAGAAUCAAACUUGGCUCAUGGGUUGUGGAUAAAUGUAAAACUGUUCACAUGCAAAUAGGUAAUAGUGUGUCUCACUGUGCCUGAGGGUGAUUCCAGACGGUCACAUGUUUUAUAAAAAUACCGCCGACGUUGUGUAACUCAAACUUUAUGCAACUAAGGGACUCACUUGUCAUGUAAGUUGAUCAUCCGUCCCGUCUCCCACAUAGUUUUUCUCCCCCGUCGGGUUAUUUCUAAUAAUUCACGUGAUCACAUUACUCAGGGCGUGGAUUGUUGCUUAAUGGUGAUAAAAAUAAAAAAUAAUAAUGAUUAAAAAAAAAGAAAACGACCCACGUCUGCCUUUAACAUUCGGGACUGUGAACAUUUGAAGCCUUUAAAUCAACUUCAACAGCUUUAGUUUUGUUUUCGUGUUUAACAAUGAAAGGCGCUCGAGGGCGUUUGGUGUCACUGGUCCUUGACUCCAGAACCGGUUUGUCCUUCAUUUAUUUCCAUGACCCUGCGCAGGAAAAAUAUUAGAAUAUGUGAGUCAACGAAUGUGUGCUCUUUUUUUUUUCUUCUUUUUUUUUUUACCCCACACAGGAAACAAUAGCAGACCAACAGACAAACGCCUGCAAGACUAAAUAUAUUCUAAAGUAUUACGGUGACACACAGAAACGUGGUGGAAGUUAGGAUUCCACGGCCACGUCAUGCACUUGUCAGUACUUGUGCGUCUCAUCUUCUGUUUUCUGCAGCUGGAAUGAGACCUGCAUGUCUCUUCAAAUGUCGAUAAACCGCAUCAAAGCGUAACACGUGAGCCCCCCCCCCCCGAGUUUUUUCCCAUUAACCCAUGAGCCAAGCGGUGUCUGCACAGACACGAAGAGACCUGUCCCUUUUUUUAAAAUUGGCUUCGUAGACCAGUGUGGCACCAGUCCAUGUAGGUCACCACAAAGACACACAUAAAGAGAACCAAGUUUGUUUUUGUUUUUUUUUUCUUUUUCUGUACAUUACAAAUUUUCUUUUUGAUAUAUAUAUACAUAUUUUCUUUGUGUUUUUGUUCUCUUUAUUUAUAGAAACAGCCGGCUUGCCUGUUGUGUUUGCUAAGCAGGUCAGUGCAGGUGAACACACACACGUACAGGCAGACAGACAAACAGACAAUGGCCCCGGCUCAAAUAAUUGCUGGUAAUUUACUGUCGUGCAUUGCAUUUAGUAAAGAUGGUUCCACUCUGUAUCUAAUGUUGUAACAACGGCCUGAAAGCAGCAGAUAUUUCUUGUCUUUUGCUCUUCGUGUCUUUUCUCUGCACCAUCUCCAAAAAUGUGGGAAGGAGGGAGGGAGGGGGUUUAAGAAAAGGAAAAAAAAAAAUGAUGCUGAUGAUCUGAUGAUGGGGAGCGUUUGUGCGAUUGUACAGCAAAUCCCCCCAGUUUCCAUGCUUCAGUUAAUCUUGUGUGACAUUGUAUGUUUUCAUAGUAAAUGCUAAAUAAAUUCCUCUGCGCAGCAGGGCAUUUAAUAAAUCCGUUCCUUUCCGCAUA